AGGUACCUCCUUCCUGGACAGGCUGCACACCAGCCGCGUAUUGAUUGAAGCUUCAGAAGCUUCCAACUUCCACUUAUACAAUAUUAACAUCAUAACCAUAAACACCACCAAUUUCGACCCAUUCUCGCCUAUACAUAAUUCCCGCAGAGUCUACAUACAAAACACAGCCUAGAGAAAUAUCAUGAACGUCGACACCAUCGCCGAUUUCCUGGCCGACCAGCGGGACGAGACCCCGGACGAGCUCCAGUACCUCAUCAUCCAGUUCGAGAACUUCUGGGAGCGCAAGUUAUGGCACCAGCUUACCGACGCUCUGAUCGAGUUCUUCGCCAACCCCAAGAGCGAGCCCCAGCGCCUCAAGUUCUACAAGGUCUUCAUAUUAAAGUUUGCUGAUAAGAUCAACCAACUGAAGCUUGUCGACCUGGGCUUGAAGGCCGCUACCCAAUGCAAAGAUGACCAAGAACGUCUCACCUUCCUAUCCGACCUCGCCAAGAAGGCCGACCACGAGGACUCCCAAGACGCUUUCGUUUAUGCCCUAGCCGCCGUCGCCCGCGUGGAGUUGAACCUGCGGGACCUCGAGGCCUCGCGCCGGGAUCUGGAUAAGGCCGAACGCAUCCUCGACUCCUUCGACAGCGUAGAAACCAAGGUCCACGCUGCCUUCUACCAGGUCAACGCCGACUACUACCAAGCUAAGGCCGACUUCGCAUCCUACUACCGCAACGCCCUCCUCUACCUCGCCUGCAUCGACCUGUCCUCUCUCUCCCCCGACGAGCGCCGCGCUCGGGCCUACGACCUGGGCAUCGCCGCUCUAGUCUCUGACUCCAUCUACAACUUCGGCGAGCUGCUGCAACACCCUAUCCUCGCUGCCCUAACCGGCGACGUUGCUUGGCUGCAGGAGUUACUACUAGCUUUUAACCGCGGCGACCUAGUUGCGUACGACGUCUUAUCAGGCCACAUCUCCUCCAACCCGCUCCUGAAAGAACACCUCGAGGAUAUCCGCCAGAAGAUCUACCUCGCGGCCUUAACCGAAAGCGUAUUCCGCCGGCCCCCGCAUCAGCGUGCCAUGAGCUUCGGCACCAUAUCCGCCGACACCAAGGUCCGCAAGAACGAGAUCGAGCACUUGGUCAUGAAGGCCCUCAGCCUGGGUUUAGUCCGCGGCACCAUCGACGAGGUCGACGAGCUGGUCAACUUCACCUGGGUGCAACCGCGUGUGCUUGACAUGGCGCAGAUCGCCAGCAUGAACCAGCGCCUGGGCGAGUGGGGCGAGAACGUCAAUAAGCUGGGCAACUGGAUCGAAGCUACAGGGCAGGACAUCUGGGCCCCUUGAUUUGCCCAUCUAUCUG